CUCUCCAAAAACACAACCUCAAAAAUGCUAUACAAAUCUCAACUAAUUUCAACUUCAAAUCACAACAACACACAAAUCAAAACACCUUCUUAUAACUACAAAUUCUCUUUCAAAUAUUCAAUGGCUCUCAUCGUUAAUCUUCCUAUUGGAACUCCACCUCAACUUCAACAAAUGGUGUUGGACACAGGAAGCCAACUCUCGUGGAUUCAGUGUCACAAAAAAGCACCUCCAACGGCGUCGUUUGAUCCUUCUCUCUCUUCAACUUUCUCUAUCCUCCCUUGUACUCACCCUCUUUGUAAACCACGAAUUCCCGAUUUUACCCUCCCAACUUCCUGUGACCAGAACCGCCUCUGCCACUAUUCAUAUUUUUACGCAGACGGCACUUACGCUGAGGGUAAUCUCGUCAGAGAAAAAUUCACAUUUUCUCGUUCCGUUUCUACCCCUCCUCUAAUCCUCGGCUGCGCCACAGAAUCAACUGACCCCCGGGGUAUUUUAGGAAUGAAUCUCGGCCGUUUGUCCUUUGCUCACCAGUCCAAAAUUACCAAAUUCUCCUACUGUGUACCAACCCGUCAAACCCGACCCGGAAUCUCUCCAACCGGGUCAUUCUACCUCGGUAACAACCCGAAUUCUAAAGGGUUUCGUUACGUCGGAAUGUUGACAUUUUCCAAGAGUCAACGCAUGCCGAACCUCGACCCCUUGGCUUACACUAUCCCUAUGCAAGGUAUAAGAAUCGGCGGGAAGAAACUGAGCAUUUCGCCGGCGGUUUUCCGAGCCGAUGCAGGUGGGUCGGGUCAAACCAUGGUUGACUCCGGAUCCGAAUUCACAUAUUUAGUUAGCGAUGCUUAUGAUAAAGUGCGGGCAGAAGUGGUUAGAGCUGUGGGGUCGAGGAUUAAAAAGGGUUACGUGUACGGCGGGGUAGCUGACAUGUGUUUCGAUGGUAAUGCGGUUGAGAUCGGACGGCUGAUAGGUGAGAUGGUGUUUGAAUUUGAAAGAGGCGUGGAGGUUGUGAUUCCGAAGGAGAGAGUACUUGCUGACGUAGGGGGUGGGGUCCACUGUGUUGGGAUUGGAAGCUCCGAUAAAUUAGGUGCGGCUAGUAACAUUAUUGGGAAUUUUCAUCAGCAAAAUAUGUGGGUAGAAUUUGAUCUGCUUCAUCGUAGAAUUGGCUUUGGUAGAGCUGAUUGUAGCAGAUUGGCGAAGUAAGUGAUGAUGGGGUAUAGUUGGGUGCGUGGUGGUGUAUGCUGCUUUUCGUGUGUCGGCGGUGGUUGAGUGGGGAAGACUUUUUGUACGAAGGAAGAAAAAAUAUCUAAUGUUGUGUGGUCAGUGAUCAUCAAACCGAUGAUGAGAUCACACGGUUUAUGAUGCCACACGUGUAAACGACAAUAGUUUACGACCGUUCUUAAGAUGUGGGGCUUCUUUCGCAGCAUGAGUCAAGGCUUUCUUUAAGUAAUUAAUUAAUCAUGUACACUAAUGUGAAUGAGAUUUAUGUAUAUACGAGGAUUAGAGAGGUUAUAUAUCAUCAUAAUAUAAUAUUUUUAUAUGUGAACCAUUGUUUUUUAAUAUAUAUAUAAUGUGAAUGUGGAUCUCCUCCUUAUAACUUAA